UUAUGAACAGCAUGUUCUGGAUAAACACAACAUCAAACCUCUGUCCAGGCAUUAUUUUGUCUCUAGCCCUCACAUGUUGUCAAAUUCUGGAGAGCAGUUCUAUAUGUUCAGUGUAAUUGCUGCCUGGUUGAUUUCUCUGUGCGGGCGGCCGUUUGACACACCGCAGGAGUACGAUGAUCCCAACGCCACCGUCUCCAACAUCCUGUCCGAGCUGCGUGCCCUGGGUGGCCAGGUCGAUUUCCCCCCAUCUAAGCUGAAGUCUGGAUCUGGAGAGCAUGUCUGUUAUGUUCUAGAUCAGCUGGUAGAAAAGGCACUAAAGAGUAAAGGAUUCACCUGGAACAG